AUGAUAUUUCUUGUAGUUGAGGACAAAGGUUUUAGAGAAUUUGUUAAAAUUUUAAAUCCGUCUUAUCAACUCCCUGAUAGGAAAGUAAUAUCGAAAACAUUAUUGCCGGCUUUGUAUGAAGAAUGUCGCAAUAAAUGCAUUCAAAUUAUACGAAACGCAAAAACAGUUUGUUUAACUACUAACAACUGGUCGUCGAGAAAUACGGAAAGCUAUAUGGCGGUAACAGCCCAUUUUUUAGAUGAAAACUUUCAGCUUAAGUCGAUUUUAUUAGAAUGUUCUACAAUGCCAGGUCACCACACUAGCAUAAAUUUGAGCCAAAAUAUACUAAAAAUAUAUAAUGAAUGGGACAUUAUUGACAACAUAUUACUAGUCGUUUCUGAUAACGCUCCCAGUAUAGUUGGAGCCAUAAAAAAAGAAUUGCAGUGGAAACAUUUUGGCUGCUUUGCUCAUACAUUGAAUUUGGUGGUAAAACAUUCUAUAGCUAUCCCAGAAGUUGACAAUAUAAUUCAAAAAAUAAAAUUGAUUGUUGGUUAUUUUAAACGUAGUUGUUUGUCUAACGAAAAGUUAAUGAAUUAUCAAACACAAAACGCAGGACCAGCUCUGAAACUUUUACAGGCAGUACCUACUAGGUGGAACUCAGUUUUUUACAUGUUGGAAAGAUUUAAUCAAUUAGAGGAUAUAGUUAAAAGUACCAUGGCAUUAAUUGACCAUAAUCUUGAAACAUUAACAGCAGAGGAAUGGAAAAUAUCCCAACAACUGUGCCAAAUUUUAAAACAAUUCGAAAAAGUAACAAAAAUAAUAAGUGGGGAAAAUUACAAUACAGCUUCGUACGUAAUACCUUUAAUCAAUGGUCUCUAUGAUGUUUGUGGUCAUUUAAAACAGAAAACGUAUUCAGAAACUGCUAUGAAUGUUAUCCUAGACUUAGAAAAAGGCCUAAGAGAACGAUUUGAAAACAUCCAAAAUAGCCAAACAUUAGCUAUAUGUACCUUUUUGGAUCCCCGAUUCAAAAUUCUCUAA